AUCCGAAUAAUCAAAUUAUCUCUGAUUCUCUGUCCUCUUCCAAAAUUAUCCUCUUUGAGAGAGAAUUGGCGAAAAUGCUCACGUACCAAAAUCGUUUUUAAUGAUAUAGUUCCAGACUGUUAUGACCUCCAGAUUGGAUUCUGAUGUGGAUUCAAAUUAGACCCAUCUCAGCAUUACUGGCAUGACCUGAAAGAACCCAUCUCCUCAGUUCCCUAAAAAUAGGAUAAAAGGAGAAGAAGAGAGAGAGAGAGAGAUGUGAUGGUGGUGAUCUUCUGUGUUCCGUCCAGAUCCACCACCGUCUAACGCCGACUCGCUUCUGUACAGAUUCAUUUUUCUCCCCUCCGACCUCCGUUGUUGAAAACCCAGCAGAGCUUUUCUCCCUUUAUCCAUUUUGGGUGUCUCAUCCUUCUUCCUUCGCCCUUUAUCCUCCUUUCCUGGGGUUAGGGUUAGGGAUUUGGGAUUUCAGUUUUGGGUUUCGGGAGGAUGAGGAGCCAGGAUCAACAUUUCAGAAUCCUACGCGACCUCUGUUCUCUGGUCUUCAGCGUUCUCGGAUCGCCGAUCUGCCCUCCGCACUGCGCCUCAUCGCCUAGCAGACCGCUUUCUAUUCCGGCGACGUCGGGCCGGCAGCCGGCUGGAGUCACUCCCUCGGGGCUAGCGUCGCUUUUGCUCGGGGUCUCGCUUACCCUCAUGCUCUGCGGAUCGCUCACGUUCAUGAUCGGGUUCAUCUUGAUGCCGUGGGUGCUGGGGUUGGUUACCGUGCUCCACAUGAUCGGAUUCGUGUCGAGUUUAUCCGGAUUGGCUCGACUAGUUCUUGCUCCUGGAGCGCCCGGGCCCUCGAAAAGGGGGAAGGAAUUAUCUGAUUAAGCACUGUAAAUGGCUAUAGGAUGUGGAGCUUUGUUUAUUUUCGUUUCCUUGAAAGGUGGAAGUACGCUCUGCAGCAUACGGUCGAAGGUGAACCAUUUCCCAUUCACCACAAGCAUUGGCGCUCACCAUUUGAUGAUCCAAGGCGAGGACCUAAAUUUGCUUCUCUUUUCUCGUGGUUUAGAGUUAAGACACAUUUGACCUCUGCUUGAAGCCGGCUACAAUCAAUACUCCCCUUAUGGUUUACUUUUGUUUGGGAAAGCCACUCGCUUGUGUAUAUGUAACACUUGAGAAAUGAAUUUUAUAUACCUUACAAGGAUCAGUGCCUAAAGAAAAAUUCCAAACUGGUGAAUUCCAUGUACUUAUUUGAUUGUAUAUGAAGUUUCUUUCAACUCGCCUA